AUGAGCCCUCAUCAAUUGGUAGUCUUGAGUUCUGUUCCUGCAAGUAUUGGGUCAAUAAGGGAAGGCAAACAAGAAAACCGUUCACUCUGUUUGUUUGAUGGUGCUGGUAAUUGCCCCUGUGGAGAUAAAUGUUCUUCUAUUCAUGGUGAUUUAUGUCCUACUUGUGGAAAACAUUGUUUGCAUCCCUUCAGGGCAGAUGAAAGAGAGGAGCAUUUGAAAUCGUGUGAGAAGAACCAAAAGUUUGUUGAGGCAUUAAAAAGUAGUGAAGAAAUUGAGUGCAGUGUAUGCUUGGAUCGUGUACUUUCAAAGCCCACGGCAGCUGAACGAAAGUUUGCUGUCCUACCUGAAUGUGAUCAUCCAUUCUGCAUAUCCUGUAUCAGGAAUUGGCGUAAUGGUUCCCCAGCCUCUGGAAUGGCAUUGAGAGCUUGUCCAAUAUGUCGUAAAACAUCGCACUUUGUCAUCCCAAGUCUUAUUUGGUAUUCCUCUAAAGAAGAAAAGCAGGAAAUUAUUGAUACUUACAAGGCCAGACUCAGGCUAAUAGAUUGCAAGCACUUUAACUUUGGGAAUGGGAACUGCCCAUUUGGGAUCAAUUGUUUUUACAAGCACACUGUCAUGCCAGGCUCAUAUACAUGGAAACAUCACAAGGCCCCUCCGAGGAGGCCACCACCUUGUCGCCGAUCCAACACAGGGGAUGUGGAUGCAUCAUUAGAUUAUUUUGGGCCAACUAUGGAAGAUUUACUGGACAUGUUUGAUGAUGAUUAUGUUGAUUAUGAUAAUUACUGCGAUCCCUUUCAUGAAGAUUAUCAACAGGACAUCUUUGAUUAUGAGGAUUAUUUUGACGAAGAGCGUAUAUCUCCCUUCGACAUGGCUUUAUUACUUGCAGGAAUGGAUUGUGGAGGAGCAACAUCUUCCUUUACUGUUCACAACUUCGAAUCCAUCAACGCGGCACAUCUCUCUCUCAUUCUCCGAAGAGAGAGUAACCUAUCUGCAUCCACCGCUGUAAGAGAGGAAGAUAAGAUGGUGCCACCUGCAGGACCAGGAGGAGGAGGUACUGUUGCUGCUGGAGGAGGGCAACAGGGACAAGGACAGCAACAACGGCAACAAGGAGGGAUGGGGCAAACAAUAACGGGGAUAAUAAGGAUGGCUGUUUUUUGGUAUUUCAUAUCUAAAUUCAUCUCUCCCAAAAAAGCCCCUACUGAUCCCUCCAUCCUUAUCUCCAAUCUCUUCCAAAAAGGAGAUUCUUUGGAUAUGUGGAUCUAUCUCUCUGAGCAGGAAAGGUUCAAUGACUUCAAUAAUGAAGGUGCUCUUAUUUGGCAUGAAACCAAUAUACCUUAUGCUGUUUGGGGACCAGAGAGUACGAGGUCGCUUUCUUUGAAAUACCAUCCAUCUGAGGCACUGAAGCACAAUGGUACUCUUUAUGCACAUGUUUUCUUUGCACGUUCUGGAUAUCCAGCAGACCCUAGUGAUCCUGAGUACCAGCCUCUUGCUUCCUUUGGAAGAACACACCCUGUCAUCGCAUACUUGCCCAAGUCAAAAACAGAUAAAAGGAAGAGCCUGUUGGGGAAGUCCAAAGACUCCGAGGAGGGUGAAGCGGUGGUUGAUGAUAGUGAAGCUGAUUCUAAAGAUGAUGGCCCUGUAGAAUGGAUUUCAUAUUGGAAACCUAAUGUUACAAUUAAUCUGGUUGAUGAUUUCACAAAAUACCCUCAUAAUGCUGUGCCACCAAAUAUUGCUCCUUGUAUCCUUGCAUUCUUGUAUUUCUUCGAAUUUGCAGACUUGAAUGUUGAGCCUACUUCAGGGAAUUACUUCCCCACUGUAUUCUUCAAUGAAUUCUGGCUGCUUCGAGAUAAAUUGAUCGCUCUUAAUGAUACUGUGACAGAAUUGCCACUUAAUUUGGAAGUGGGUCCAAUAAGCAUGACAAAAUGGCAACUAUUCAUGCAGAUCGAUCAGUCAUUCCAGGUUCAUCGUAGUUAUGGAAGCAUGCUUGAAGGCGAGGCUGACGAACUGAAGAUUGAUAGAAGCGGAACAAUACCUAAGUUGAGGUUCCGAGAUCGCGAGUCGUAUGCAGGGAAUAAGACGAAGGAAUACGACGACCUUGCAAUGAAGUAUCUGUCCUAUGUGCUCUUCUUCCUGGUUGCAUGCUCUUCUGUUUACUCACUAAUGUAUGAGCGCCACAAGAGCUGGUAUUCCUGGAUUCUUUCGUCACUCACCAGCUGCGUUUACAUGUUUGGUUUUAUCAUGAUGUGCCCUCAGUUGUUUAUAAAUUAUAAGCUGAAGUCGGUGGCACAUCUUCCGUGGAGGCAGAUGACAUACAAGUUCCUUAACACCAUCAUCGACGAUCUUUUUGCAUUUGUCAUCAAAAUGCCAACAUUGCAUCGGCUUUCUGUCUUCCGUGAUGAUCUUAUAUUUCUGAUAUACCUAUACCAGAGGUGGGCUUAUCCGGUGGACAAAUCACGUGUAAAUGAAUUUGGCUUCGGUGGCGAGGAGGAUAAGGCGUCUGGUGAAGUAACCGCUGAAAAAGAGGAAGAGAAGAAGACCAACUGA